GGAGGACACUGGAAGAGAUGAGUACAGGAAAUAUUUCUGCAAAGGACAAUCACCUUCAGACUGUAUUAAUACCGGUGUCAAAGUUCAAUCCGGCAUGACGCUAGAAGACAGAUUCUCUCUGAGAGACGAGCCAACAUCUGGAGCCUUCAUCGUGACCAUCACUGACUUGAGAGCAGAGGAUGCUGGGAUAUAUUGGUGUGUGGAAUGGUGUAACAAAGCAGGAUACAUCAACACCACUGCAGUGAAGAUGGAGGUAGAGCCAGAUGGUUGGGAGACAACAACGCUGCCAUCAGUAUCGACAACUUCCGCUGACAAUAAAUCUCACUUUUCUGGUCCUCCUGUGAUGUUGACCGUAUGUCUGACCAUAGCAGCGCUGGUGCUUGGGAUUGCUGUCCUCAUAUGCAUCAAAUACAGAAGAAUGCGGACACAAGGCUUGGCCUCCACAUCAGUCAACAGCAGCUCCAGAGGGGAUCGGCCAGUGGAUUGUGUUUAUGAAGAGGUGAAGGAUACUAGCCACUCCAAGAACCCAGAGGAUACUGUGCUUGCAAAUACUCAAUUACCCACAAACCCCUCUGAUGGCCCCACCUACUCCACUGUCCAAUUACCCACAAACCCCUCUGAUGGCCCCACCUACUCCACUGUGAGCUUCCACAAGAACCAGGAGGCAGCAGCAGAGGCAGACGUCACCUUCAGUAUGGAGCAGGACACCUGUGAAUACUCUUCUGUUAAACAUCCCACCAAGUAACCUGGUGUAGGCCUACUGCUUGAUCCAUCA